AUGCCACCAGGCCUAGAGCUGCCCAGCGGCUGGAUAGAUUGCCCACCCAUGGGGCACAGAAUAACACCGCUGAUGGUGGUUCCAGUCCCUCUUGGCCACAGGUUUUCGCGCGUGCUCAGUGACGAAGAACACUUCUCCCCGGUGAAGCUGAUGGAACAGCUGCACGCCAAAGGCGUGGAGGUGGGGCUUCUGAUAGACCUUACAAACACCUGGAGGUACUAUGAAAGGGAUGAGAUUGAUGCGCUGGGAGUGGAGCACUUGAAGGUCUGCACCCCUGGGAACCCCUUUGUUCCUGAGCCAGAGGCCGUCAACACCUUUGUGUGGGAGCUCAUGAGUUACUACCACCGAGCAAACGCCAGAUGGGCUGUCUUGCAUUGUACGCAUGGCUUCAAUCGCACAGGUAGUUCUGGUUGCCAACACCUUGUGCGAAGCAUGUCAGUGGAGAGGGCGCUCAGAAUCUUUGCAGAGCACAGACCACCGGGUAUCUACAAGGAAGACUACAUACGGGAACUGUACAAAUACAACCAUGAACCACUGCCUUCAGGAUUCCAAGCCCCUAAGUUGCCGGCGUGGAAACCAGAAGAACCCGACUCACCCAAGGCCGACCAUAUCCUUGAUAGUGCGCUUGUGCAUGGGAUUGAGCACGAGGUGCCGGCGGCGCAGCUGCGGUUCCCGGGCGGCCAGCCGGUGAGCCUGGACCGCGCGAAUCUGGGGAAGCUGCGCGAAAAGCGCUAUUGGGUGACCUGGAAGGCUGACGGCACGCGCUACAUGCUGCUGCUGUGCAAGUGGGGCGUCUACCUCAUUGACCGCUCCUUCAACGUGCGCCGAGUCCAGAUGCGAUUCCCGGUGCAGCUGGUGGGCAAGGACGGUCAGCUGCAGGCGCACCACAUGACUCUGCUGGAUGGAGAGAUGCUGGUAGAUGAGGACAUUGCGGCCGGCACGCAGACGCGCAGGUUCCUGGCCUAUGACCUCAUCGCCCUCCACGGCAAAUCCCUCUCCAACCUCCCCUCCAAGGAGCGGUGGGCGCGCAUGGAAGAGAAGGUGAUGCGGCCUCGGCGGAAGGAGCGCGAUGGGAUACGGGACCCCAAGAUCCCGUAUCCGGUGCGCUAUGAUUACGGAUCGGAGCUGUUCAGCGUGCGGCGGAAAGAGUUCUGGCCCCUGUCGCGCAUGUCCACGCUGCUGGACCAGUUCAUCCCCAGCCUGCCCCACGAAGCCGACGGCCUCAUCUUCCAGGGGUACGAUGAGGAGUAUGUGGCCGGCACGGACUUCAAUCUGCUCAAGUGGAAGUUCGCGCACCUCAACUCUGUUGACUUCCGCCUGCGCUCCACAGCCGCAGGUGCGCGAGUGGUAUUCGACGAGGGCAUGGACGUGACGCGGCUUGAGAACUGCAUCGUGGAGUGCUCGUGGGACGGGGAGGAGGGCGUCUGGCGCUACAUGCGCGUGCGCAGCGACAAGGACACUCCAAACGCGUACCAUGUGUACGAGAAGGUCAUGCAGUCGAUCCACGACAACAUCACCGAGGAAGACCUGCAAGAGGAAAUCAAGAUAUAUUUUGCCGGUCAUCGGGCAGCCGAUGAAUCCCCCUUCUUGUGA